UACGAUAACAAUAAUGAAUGAUUGAUUCUUCUUCCUCUUCAUUCUUCCGUUCUAACAUUGGAUAGAUAGCAGCACACGUCUUACGUUGCUUCUUCCUCCUCCCCUCUCUCUCUCUCUCUCAUACCUCUUUCUCUCUCUACUGAUCACAAACAGAAUCAUGGCUAGAAAGAUCUCCAAAACCCUCCAAUCAACCCUUUAAUUUGACAAAGGAAGAUGAAAUCAUAUUGCAACUAUUUCUGCAACUUGAUCACAUCCACCUUCUUCUUCUUCUUCUUGUCCAUUGAAGCUUCCUCCAAUGGCCUCCGCAGCGACGCCCAGCGCCUCAUUUCUUUCAAAAACUCCCUCCCUGACCCCUCCCAGCUCCCCAACUGGGACCCCGCCGCCUCCCCCUGCACAUUCGCCGGCGUCACCUGCAACAACUCCACCAGAGUCUCCUCCAUCGUCCUCUCCGACCAUCUCCUCAGCACCGACUUCUCCCAAGUCUCCACCUUCCUCCUCCCCCUCGACACCCUCGACACCCUCGUCCUCAAAAAUGCUAAUCUCUCCGGCGAUAUUGCUUCUGCUCCUAUCCCCUCCUGCACUCCUUCCUUGCGCUUGUUAGAUCUGGCCGGAAACGCCAUUUCCGGCCAUGUCUCCGACGUCUCAGCUAUCAGGGCUUGCCCCGGCUUAGUUUCCCUCAAUCUCUCCCAGAAUUCCAUGGAUAAUUUUGGUAAGGAUGUUCCUGUUGAUCCAGGCUUUCCCGGCUUGCCCCUCCUCCGAGUUCUUGACAUUUCCGGCAACAAAAUCUCCGGCUCCGGCGAAAGCGUGGUUUCGUGGCUAUUGUCCGAUGAGUUCCCGGCGAUGGAGAUCCUGUCUUUGAAGAGUAACAGACUGUCGGGGAGCUUGCCGGAGCUGAACCUGACGAACAACAAUUUGAUGCAUUUGGACCUUUCCCUAAACAAUUUCUCCUCCAAAUUCCCAUUCUUCGCCUCCUGCCCUAAUCUGCAGCACCUCGACAUGUCUUCCAAUAAAUUCUACGGCGAAUUAGGUGACUCACUUUCCUCCUGCCGGAAACUCACCUUCCUGAACCUCACCGGCAACCAUCUCUCCGGCGAGGUGCCGAAUCUUCCGAGCGGGAGCAUCGAGUACUUGUACCUCCAGGACAACAAUUUCCAGGGCGUUCUUCCGCCAUACUUGUCUGAUUUCUGCACAACUCUCGUCGAAUUGGAUUUCUCCCGAAACCUUCUGACCGGCACUUUGCCGGAGAGCCUCGCCGCCUGCUCUGCGCUGGAGCUUCUCGACAUCUCCGGCAAUAAUUUCACCGGCGAGCUGCCGAUCGACACUCUUUUGGAGCUGACCAGUCUGAAAACUCUAGUCAUGUCUUUCAACGCCUUCGUCGGCGACGUUCCCGGCUCUCUGUCUAAAAUGGUGCAUUUGGAAACUCUCGAUUUGAGCUCCAACAACCUGUCUGGUUCGAUCCCCUCCGGCCUCUGCAAAGACCCCGGCAGCAGCUUAAAGGUGUUGUACCUUCAGAAUAACAUGUUGGACGGCGUCAUCCCCGACGGUCUCUGCAACUGCUCGCAGCUGGAAUCGCUCGAUCUCAGCUUAAAUUAUUUGACAGGAACAAUUCCUUCCAGCUUAGGCUCCUUGCCCUACCUCAGAGAUAUCAUCAUGUGGCUGAAUCAACUCCAUGGCCAAAUCCCACAAGAGUUUCUUCACUUGCAGAGCCUCGAAAAAUUGAUUCUUGAUUUCAAUUACUUGUCUGGAUCGAUACCCGAAGGCCUAAGCAACUGCACAAACCUGUAUUGGCUCUCCCUGUCCAGCAAUAACUUCUCCGGUGCAAUUCCGGCGACUUUAGGCCGUCUGGCAAACCUCGCGAUCCUUAAGCUUGGGAACAAUUCACUGUCGGGGAGCAUCCCGCCGGAGCUAGGGGAUUGCCGGAGAUUGAUUUGGUUGGACCUGAAUACGAAUCUCCUCGACGGGAUCAUCCCUCCGGCUCUGUUCAAGCAAUCCGGCAACAUUGCCGUCGAAUUGCUGACAGGGAAGAGUUAUGCAGAGAUUAAGAAUGAUGGAACCAAGGAGUGUCAUGGAGCUGGGAAUUUGCUCGAAUUCGAAGGUAUCCGUCGGGAGCAGCUCGAUCGAGUUUUGUCGAGGUAUCCGUGUAAGCUCACCCGAGUGUACCACGGCACCAUUCAGCCGACGUUUAACCACAACGGGUCGAUGCUUUUUCUCGAUCUUUCGUACAAUAAGUUGGAGGGCGUAAUGCCGAAGGAGAUCGGAUCGAUGUACUAUUUGUUUGUGCUGAGUUUGGCGCACAACGAUCUCUCCGGCCCGAUCCCGCAAGAGCUCGGAGGGUUGAAGAACCUCGCGAUACUCGACUUGUCGUAUAACAGGCUUAACGGGACGAUUCCGCAGGUCAAGCUCACGUUCGGCGAGCUCGACUUGUCGAACAACAAUCUCUCCGGAAUGAUCCCUCCGGUGGCUCCGUUCGACACGAUCCCAGAAUAUCGGUUCGCGAACAAUUCCGGACUCUGCGGGUUACCCCUCCCGCGCUGUGGCUCGGGAUCGCGCCCGGAAACCGACCUGCUGCAUCAGAGAUCGAACCGGCGACAAACUUCCCUCGCCGGGAGUGUAGCCAUGGGUUUGCUACUCUCGUUCUUCUGCAUUUUCGGAUUGAUCGUUUUGGCCAUCGAGAUGAGGAAGCGUAGGAAGAAACGAGAGGUGUCUCUCGAUCCGUAUCGGGAUCACGACUCGAACACGGCGCCCAGCCCGUGGAAGUUGAGCAUCAACCUAACGACGUUCGAAAAGCCUCUCAAGAAGCUCUGUUUCGCGGAUCUUCUCGAAGCGACGAACGGAUUCCACCACGACAGCGUGAUAGGCUCUGGCGGGUUCGGCGACGUGUACAAGGCCCAGCUGAAAGACGGGAGCGUCGUCGCGAUCAAGAAGCUGAUACAUAUCAGCGGCCAGGGCGAUCGGGAAUUCACCGCCGAAAUGCAAACGAUCGGGAAGAUCAAACACCACAACCUUGUGCCGCUUUUAGGCUACUGCAAGGUUGGCGAGGAACGACUUUUAGUGUACGAAUACAUGAAGUACGGGAGCCUUGACGAUGUCCUGCACAACAGGAAGAAAGCCGGGAUCAAGCUCGACUGGCCCGCGCGACGGAGAAUUGCCAUCGGAGCAGCGAGAGGGCUGAAUUUCCUGCACCACGGCUGCAUUCCGCAUAUCAUCCACCGCGACAUGAAGUCGAGCAACGUCCUGCUCGACGACAAAUUGGAGUCUCGAGUCUCUGAUUUCGGAAUGGCUCGACUGAUGAGCGCGAUGGACACACAUUUGAGCGUGAGCACGUUGGCCGGGACUCCGGGAUACGUCCCUCCUGAGUACUACCAGAGCUUCAAAUGCUCGACGAGAGGCGACGUCUAUAGCUACGGGGUAGUCCUCCUCGAGCUGCUCACGGGGAGACAGCCGACAGAUUCGAGUGAUUUCGGGGAUAAUAAUCUCGUCGGGUGGGUCAAGCAGCGUGGGCAGAUGAAAGUGAGCGACGUCUUCGAUCCUACGUUCAGGAAAGACGAUCCCGGGUUGGAGCUCGAGCUUCUGCAGUACUUGAAGAUCGCGUGCGCCUGCCUCGACGAUCGCCCAUGGAAGCGACCCACGAUGAGCCAAGUGCUCGAUAUGUUCCGCGAAAUUCAGGCCACCAGGUCGGGGAUUGAUUCAACAUCCUCCGCGGCGCUUCACGAGGACACGGGUCUUUGCGACGCGCCCAAUGGAAUCGAAACGAGGAUCGACGAAGGCAACGAGACCGCCGCCGGCGGCCGGUAGAGAAGGUUAUUCCGGGAAGAAUUCAGCAGCAUUAUGUAUGUGAUGUAUUAUUCUUUAAUUUUGUUGUAGCUAGAAAUAUAUGUUCAAGAAGACUCAAUGGCUACUGCAUUUUGCCUGUACAUACAUAUAUAGAGGGGAAGGGGGAUUACAGUGUAAGAAACAUGCAUUAAUGCUUAUGCAUGGAUCCUCGUACGUGAAUUUGCGGAAGGGUUUUGGGAGGGGACAUUGAAGCAUGCAUGGAUUUGAUU